AUGAACAACAGAUCUGGGAAACGUGGCAGGAAGGAGCUGAGGCAUCUGAAAAGAACGACCAAAAGACCGGCAAUUGACGAUCCGCCAAGGGAGUCUGCACCUGUUGAAGAUGACUUUGUCGGCCCAGCAGACCAAAUGGUAAAUGUCUCUGAUUCUGCGGAGGACGGGGACGGCUCGGACUCUGAUGCGGAGGCUAGGAAAGGUAAGGUGUACGGUGCACUGCUAACAAUCCUGAAGUCAGAACAUCCAGAAGCAAAGAAGAGGAAGACGAAAAAAUCCAGCGAUGGAGGUGAGGUUGACAAAAUAUUGGUACACGAUGACAACCACGAGGAAUUGGAAGAAGAAAAUGAGGAAGAGCAGAUCGACAACGCGAUUCUUGAUAAUAGGACGCAAUCGGAUAGCGAGGACGAGCAGGAUGUUGCCGCAGAGGAGUUUGAUAGUGAAGAUGAACAGGAUCCAUUUGAGUCCCACUUUAACCAGUUUCCAGAAACUGAAAUCAACACACUAGAUGCUGCCUUCAAAUCUAAACAACUGCAAUACCGCUCAGUCAAGUUGCAGCCAGCUAAGGUGACGAAAGUCAAGGACGAGUACCUGAUCUAUUCAGAGCCAACUGUUCCUGGUGGGAAACAACUAUCCAAAAAACUUAUUGAAUCCAACACCAAAUGCUCUAUUGGUUCUUACUUUUUGAAGAAAAGAUUGAAAAUUCAGAACGACUUGUUGGAGAACAAACCUGACAAUUUGGCCUCCAUUCAGAAAGAAUUGGUAGACCCAAUGUUCCAAUACAAGGAUAUUCUCUAUGAAUACGAGAAUUACGGCAAAAGUGAGGAUGAGUACAGGCAACUGUACGCGCUACAUGCGCUAAAUCAUGUCUAUAAGACGAGGGACCGGAUCCUGAAAAAUAACCAGAGACUGCAAGAGAAUAGCGAUACUGAAUGUUUGGAUCAAGGGUUUACCAGGCCUAAAGUUCUGAUUAUUGCGCCCACAAGGGAUACUGCUUACAGUAUCGUGACCACCAUAAUCAAUAAGUCGGGCAUUGACCAAGUAGACAAGAGGGGCAAGUUUAAAGACCAAUUCUACGAGGAUUCUUUACCGCCGUCAUCGAAACCAAAGUCGUUUCAAAGUAUCUUCAAAGGUAACACGAAUGAUUUCUUCGUUCUCGGGAUGAAGUUCACCAGGAAAGCUAUCAAGUUGUAUAGUAACUUCUAUCAAUCUGAUAUCAUUGUUUGCUCACCUCUAGGUCUACAAAUGAUCGUUGAAAACACUGACAAAAAAAAGAGACAGGAUGACUUCCUCUCCUCUAUCGAGAUUACCAUCAUCGAUCAAUUACAUUCCAUUGAAUAUCAAAACAUCUCGCAUCUAUACACCAUUUUUGAGCAUUUGAAUAACAUCCCAGAUGAACAACAUGACGCAGAUUUCAGCAGAAUUAGAAUGUGGUACAUCAACGACCAGGCCCGAUUCUUCAGGCAAACGAUGGUGUUUACGAAAUACAUCUCCCCCACGGCUAACUCAAUAAUCAACGGCAAGUGCCGCAACUGGUCCGGCCGUUGGAAGAACCACAGAAUUGUGUCUAACGAGGCUUCUCAUAUUGGUAAGUUAAGCCUAAGAGUCCGCCAGAUCUUCCAAAGAUUCGAGGUCACCGGUGGAUCCAUUGUAGACGAACCAGACUACCGGUUUAAGUUUUUCACAAGCGUUAUCAUCCCAGGUAUCUUGAAGAGUACCGGAUACGAGGACGGGAUACUGAUAUACAUCCCGGAAUAUACGGAUUAUGUCAGAGUGAGAAACUACUUGAAAGAGAAAACACGCAUUUUAUUUGGUGAUAUAAACGAAUAUUCAAGUCAGAAGCAGCUCACCGCAAAUAGAUCUUUAUUCCAACAGGGAAGGCUAAAAGUGUUACUCUACACGGAAAGAUUGCACCACUAUAGACGUUAUGAAAUAAAGGGUGUCAAAAGCGUUAUUUUCUACAAACCACCCAGUGAUCCGGAGUUCUAUACAGAAGUCGUUCGGAACAUUGGGAGAAAUGCAUUUUUGGGAAACACAGAUCUUAAUAUAUCCACUGUGAGGUGUAUUUACUCGAAGCUGGAUGCAUUGGCCUUGGAGAAUGUUGUCGGAACUCAACGGGCGGGUGUUCUGUGCCACGGUCAAAAUGAAAUCUACGAAUUUAAGUAA